GGUUGACUUUUGAGAUUCAACGACCUACUCUCGAUCGCUAGCGUGUUUCUCCGCUUCUUCUCUUAGCCAGUGGCAAGCAAAAGGGUCCAUUAAUCUUCAACUCAUUCGUUCUUUAGCUUCCUUCAUCAACUGGGAUUUCCGUUCAUUAAUUCUUCCAAAUUCCACCGAGUUUAAACAUAGGUUUCAAGCUUUUGACGCCAUCAAUUCUCAAGUAUCUAUCUUUUUUCUUGGUGGGUGAUAGCGAGGAUGGAGAACCAGCAAGGAAAGGGCAUCGUUUUCAAGAAAUUCACGUGGGUAGUACAAGAUUUCUCGAAAAACAAGACCAAGAAACAACGCUCCAAGGCUUUUGAAGCUGGUGGUUGUAAAUGGCGAAUCCUUGUGAAUCCAAUUGGGAAGGGUGAGGAAUAUUUGUCCUUGUUUCUGAAGGCUGCAAAUUCUUUACCAUUAUAUGGUUGGACCAGAUAUGUCUAUUUCAAGCUGUCUCUCGUCAAUCAGAUCGACAGCGAGAGGUCCAUUUCAAGAGAGACUCAACAGAAGUUCAAUGCAGGACAUAGUAGCUGGGGUGCAUCAUUCUUGCUUCUCAGUGACUUCUAUAAUACCAUAAAAGGUUAUCUUGCGAACGAUUCAUGCAUCAUAGAAGCUCAAAUAUCCGUCUCAUAUGUUGCUUUUAAGAUUCCAGACAAAAUCAGUAACCAAACACACGAGGAACAAGACAAAACAGAAGAAUCCACAGAACAGCUUGAAGAUCAUCAAUGCAUAUAUUUCUCGGAUGGGACGCCUAGUUACAAAUCCUCUGAUGAAUACAUAUGGAAUCAGUCAAGUCAAGCAGAAUCAGAAAUCCCACAGAAACAAGAAAAACAAGAUAUUGUUGGGGCACCAGCUGAGACACCAAGUCCUAAUAAACCAGGGCAUUAUGAACCAACUGCUCCGCCUUUAUAUCCUCGUGUAGAUGUAUCACCCGUGGAAAUACCCUUAAGCCCUCUUAGUGAUCUUAUAGAUUAUCAGAGUUUAAAGCCAGAGGAAGUAGGUUUUGUUCUAUUACUAGAGGAUGUUUGUUCACGGAAUCCUUCACUGAUAGAGAGCCAAAAGAAGAGAAGUCCCAAGUUCACACACUGGGCAUUCAUAGCUCUAGGUCAAGUUCUGCAUUUUCUGAAGACUACGAAGGCGAAAAAUAUGGAUGAAUCUGCUUGUAACUACUUCCAAGGUCUAUGGGAAGAAGUUCAGUUAUUUGGAUUUGACUUGACUUGGUUGGAGCCUCAUGUGCAGUAUGCCUUGGGAAUGAAGGAUUAUUUGGAAAGGGCAAAGAAAGUGAAAAAACUGGAGGAGGAAGUGGUUGCUUUAGAGAAUGAAAUGAAGAAGCUGAGGGCAUGUUUGGCAGCCACGGAAGUUGACCUUAAUAUAGAAAGGAGACACUUGAGAGGGGAAGAGAAGGGAUUUGAGGAGAAAGACGUGGACGCUAUAUUGGACUAUGGCAUAAUUUAGAUUUGCACUGCACGAUAAUUACGGAUACGGGUUAAUUUUCCCAUGGUAUUAUUUGGUUUUUAAUUUUUGAUUUUUGGUCUUUAUUGAUUUCUUGUUAUCCAAUUAAUCUUAACUAAAUGUAUUAAAAAAAAAACUCAAACUAAGUAUGAAUUCAUAAUCUCUGUUUUUUUCCCUCUCCAAAGCAGUUGUAUGCGAC